UACUCUUUCUCACCGCAUGACCUUGACCAUUUACUCGUGAGGAAAAAUUAGAAAAGUUUAAUAAAUACAGACUUGUAAAAAAUGGGUUCAACAAUUGGAAAAAUAACAAGGAGAUCGGUUAAAAAUUGGAAUGUUGAAAACCGUGCUCAUAAAGUUAUCGAAAAGCAUAAGGAUAAACCUAUAGCUGCUCCAAGGCAUCAAAGUAGUAAAGAAAAUAAUCGGCUGGCCGAAAUAGAUCAAGAAUUUACAAAAUCCUCAAUUGAAAAGAACGAAAAUCUUCAUCAAAUGCUGCAUGGGUUGGUAGUUGAACCAGAAAAAAUGCCUGAGAUUACAGCAGCAAAACCUGGCCUCCCCCAGGAUCGUCGUCGGCAUACCGAUCCAGAAUUUGGUUUUAUUGCUCCAGUAAAAGUCAGAGAAGGGAAGUGUACACUUAAGCAAGCUGUCCAAUUUAUCAGUCUUCACUCUACCGAUCCUGUAAAGCAUUCAGCUGAAUCUAUUGCCAAAGAGUACAAACUAGAUGAAAACGUUGUUAGAAAUAUAUUGUUAUAUUUUAGAGCUCUUGAUCUGUACGUACCAGAAGAUGAUUCUAAGUCAAAAGAUGAAAAUCAAUUAAAGAAAUUGAACUCUAAAAAUAGCAAAUUAUUAGAGAAUAAAUAAAACAUAAUAGCAAUACUUUUAAUAACGA